CCGAAUUACAAAUUAUUAGUCGAGUCAAAUUCAUUUUCCAGAGCUGAGUUUCUAUAUUCAGGCAGGGUUUACAGGUUCUAUUUAGGACUCGAAAUUUUGUUUAUCUCAUUUAAUUACUAAUUAUUGAUUAGUUAGUUGCAUAUAUUAGGGUUAGAGUUAAAUGAACUGUUAGGAGGACGGGAGGACAGAGAGAAAGAGUGUGGAAGGAAGGAAUGGGUGGUUUAAUGUUGUUAUACAUACAUACAUACAUUAGACGUCAGUUAUGCAAAUAUAUAAUGCUGUUAAAUUGGCUGGUGGACUGAAGUUUAUACUUUUCAAGAACUCUAGACAAUAAGACAUUAAAUUAAAGUGUUGUUUACGUUUGGUCUUAUAUAAGUAAAAACUCGGCCAUCGUAGUGUAAACUGUAUUGAACAUAUGUAAUUAUGAAUUACGAGUGAAGCAAGAGAGUUGAAUUUUCGUUUAUCGUUUUUAACAAAACGAAAUAACAAUUUACCCACAUUUCUUAAAAUAGCAAAUGUUAACACUUCAAAUGUGUUUAGAAAUCUAUUACCCACAUUACCAUGCAUAAUAGUAUUUGUUUAUCUAACUAAUAAUAACGUAUGUUGGCCAAAAUUCUCAUUGCUUAUUAUUAUUAAAGAGGAAAACACUUAUCUAUUACUACUUAUCUUGAUUAGUUAUCUAGUUUUAAUUGUUCGGAAGGAUGAUAAGACAUGCAUAGGUAGGUGUGAGUAGCGUCGAUUCAUCAACAAGAAUUUGCAACAGAUAUAACAGGCGUGGAAUUCUAGGCUCUUCAAAUACAAAUUACGUCAUUCAGUAUACAUUAUUUUUUAUAACAAAUGCUAAUUAAUAUCCGGUUUAACUAAUAUUUCAGAUACUAAGCGACCUAUCCUCCAAUUUUCUCCUAUUGCAACUAUCUGUGAAUUGUCAAAUGUACAAUACCUUUCUGCUUGGUGAACAAAUCGUCGCGUCACAGUGUUUUUCAUGACAAUGGAUUAUUCGGAAUCUAUUUAGCCAGCCGUAUUAGAAAAUAAUCUUGUUCGUUGUUCGUUUGUGACAAGUUUAGUGUAAUCGUAAUGACUUGUGAAAUAUUACGAUUUCUGUUUUCGAAUUUUGUAUUGUGAUUUUAAUCUUUAAUUGUAUCUACAAUAUCAAUUUCCUGGCAAAAUAUAUUGUUAUUAUACUAACUACCCCGACGGCGAUAUACGUGAAACAAGAGUAAACUGCUGUAAAAUAAUGUUGAGGUGGUAUUAAGAAAAACGCACACACAUAGAUGAAGCCAGAUAUGGACGGGGGGUUGAAUAUGGACGUCGGCGUUCUAUCGCCUGACGAAGCUAAGGCCUUGGAAACGUUGAAAAUUCUAAACCCUAUCAUAAGUUUGUCUGCAGAACGGCUGGACGGGCUUCGAACUCAAUGUGCAACCAAUGCUGAAAUCACACAUCAGGAAAUACGAACCUUAGAAGGGAAGCUGGUGAAAAUGUUUAGUGAUCAAUUAGUAGCAAAAAAGAUGAUCUCAACACAAAAUCUACCUCCAGAAUUUCAGACCAGGUCUUUGAGAUUAUGGCUUCAAGUUGUUGGACUGACCUCGAAGUUGACACAGGGAAUCUGCAAUCGUGCUGCAAGUUUAGAAAGCCUGAAGGAAAGGUCCGACCAUGAAAUUAGAAAUUUAAUGGCUGAACAUCAUGCAAACGAUGAAGAAACUCGAAGAUUGACCAGAGCCUUACAGAACUUGAAGCGAUAUACUGAUUUAAGAAGCAGAAAUCAAAAAGAAAAUCAAGUGUCAAGCGUACCUGCCGUCAAUAAUGACUUGAACGACCUGUACUGGGAUUCCUGGGAUAUGCAAAAAGUACACAAUGAGUCAAUUCCUUCAUCAGCAAGUCCGCAUAUUGGUCUCCGAGCUGCUCGUAGUUCUGUUUCUUCUGAAGAAUAUCUCAGGGACGGAAAUUGUCGGCAAGGAACUUCAGGGCAAAAUUCUUGCUCAACCACACCCUGUACCCCAGUCACCACAAUUGCCCCUUCUUCUCUAAACUCUCCAGCCUUUUCCCCUGGAUCUCACCCUAAUACAUGUUCCCCUACAAAUUCCUCAGUCUUUUCUCCAUCAUCAACAUCACCGGCAUCAUGUGGCGAGCAUGGACCAACCCCACCUUCAACUCCUCCCGUCAAAGGAAAGAAGCAUUCUGUACCCUUAUCACAAAUUGGUGCAUCCAAUAGUAACUUACAGCCCGAAAGUUUUUCUCUGACAAAGUCCAAGUCCCACGAGUCGCAAUUAGCAAAUCGCAUCGAGUCCGUAUCUGAAAACAAUCUUGUUAGUCCACACUUGUACACUGCCAAACCCAAUGUAUCCAGAAGUGUGAAGGAUAUGAAUUUAAUGAAUGCGUUUUCUACACCGUGGCUAAAUUUGAGUAUCGGAAUCACUAUGGGCUAUAGUUUGGACCAAUUGCCGGCCGGAAAGAGACGAGAGAGACUGCCUACGGAACCUGGGCCUGGGGUUGCAACGUCCACUUGGGACCCUUCCUCUGCCACCCCCUCAACAAGCAAUGCAUGCUCGGUUUCGGCCUCCGUGAGCUCCGUGAAUAAUUCCAUGGGUGGAUAUGCAUCGCCUUCCUCCGCAAGCCCAAUAAAGUCACCUCCCCUUCAUCACCACAUUGAUAUCGGAGAUGAGCUGGAUCCGCACAAAAAUUCACUUCAAGUACCUAAAUCUCCAAGGACUCCAACGUUGGCAAGAAGCAUGGGUCAUAUGAUCUCACACAGAUUUGCCAAAAUGAUUAAAGUCACAACUUGUGAUUACUGCUUUAAACAAGUCAUCAUAGGUCUGCGGUGUAAGGAGUGUAAAUUUAAAUGUCACCGCGACUGUGAGCCUAAAGUUCCACCAUCAUGUGGACUUCCCACUGAAUUCAUAGACGUUUUCGCACAAUAUCUUAAACAAGAUGUAGAUAGACCUAUGCCUAGUUUUACAGCAUCACCUUCUCACUGGGGAAAACGGGAUAGAAAGAAAACUCGCCCUCCUGGAAAUAUGAUACAACCUUUCCCUGGUCAAGACUCUAGUUCCAACACUUCAAGUUGUAACAGUUCAACCCCUUCGAGCCCUUUCUUUGCACCAAACUCAGGUCCCGCCUCAUCGUACUCUAAUAAUAGUAACCAUUUCUUUCCAACGGAUGUAGACCGUGGAGUGUCACUGGAUUCAGGACCGCUAAUUGAUCGAACCUUGUCGGAACGCACAAUUGAUCUCACAAGUACUGAAAAGUCAAAUGACUCGGAUCGCACCAUUUCUCAGACCUCAGGAUCAGGAAGUACAGAUUCUGAAAAAACAUUAGCGCUCAGGGUUGACAGCCAGGACAGUCAAGUUUCUGAUGGAGAGCCUGGUGAACGGUCUUGGCCCAGACAAAAUUCGCUUUCCAAUCGAGAGUGGGACAUUCCAUUUGAUGAACUCAAACUUGGUGAUAAAAUCGGAACUGGGCAUUUUGGAACCGUAUAUCGUGGAAACUGGCACGGUGAUGUAGCCAUCAAGUUGUUGGACAUGUAUUUGGAUAACGAAAAAACGCUAGAACAGUUUAGACAAGAAGUUGCUACGUUUCGCAAAACUCGUCAUGAAAACUUGGUCUUGUUUAUGGGAGCGUGUAUGAAACCCCCAAGAUUAGCUAUUGUCACGUCCAUGUGCAAGGGCAUGUCUCUCUAUACUCACGUUCAUCUUCGCAAGGAUAAAUUCAAUAUGAAUCGUAUUGCAGCCAUUGCUGCUCAAAUUACUCAGGGAAUGGGAUACCUACAUGCUCGAGGAAUUAUCCACAAAGAUCUUAAAUCAAAAAACAUUUUCAUCGAAAGUGGAAACGGGAAAGUUGUCAUAACUGAUUUUGGAUUAUUCAGCGUCACAAAACUGUGCCAAGGGCUUAGGGAAGGAGAUUCGUUAAGCAUUCCGCCAGGGUGGCUGUGCUACUUGGCUCCUGAAAUAAUGAAGGCAUUAAGACCCGUGUCCAAACAAGACAUAGAAUUUCCAUUUACCACCGCUUCUGAUAUAUACGCCUUUGGCACUGUUUGGUAUGAACUUCUGACAAGUGACUGGCCUUACCAAGGUCUACCGGCAGAAGCAAUAAUCUGGCAAGUGGGAUCCGGAAUUCGUCAACCACUUCCUACCCUCUUUUCGCGAGAUGUCAAGGAAAUAUUGAUGAGCUGCUGGGCUGCAAGACCAGAAGAUCGUCUAGACUUUGCUAAAAUUCAAAAGAUUGUGGAAAGGUUACCAAAAAAGAGGCUCGCUCGAUCACCUUCGCAUCCCAUCCAUCUUUCAAGAUCCGCAGAAUCCGUAUUUUAAACUGGUGGCAGAAUCCGUAUUUGAAGUAUUAUUAAGCCAUUUUCUAUCGUUAUGCUUCAUUGACACAAAGAUAAAUAAUUAAAAACACGAAUAGGCAUCAUUAUUUUUUUUGCUUACUAUCUUUUAUUUACAUGUUAUUAGAAAUUGAAAGUAUAUUGACAACACAAAUAUUAAAUUGAAUUUUAAGUAAACUGAAA